AUGCUUGAUCUGAACUACGAGGCGUUGCCGACCGAGAGAGCACUCGGAAUGCAGUGGGACGUUGAACUGGACUGUUUUGGCUAUAAAAUCAGUCCCAGCGACAAGCCUCUGACGAAAAGAGGAAUGCUAAGUGUCUGCAGUUCUAUCUAUGAUCCACAUGGGUUUGCGAGUCCAUUCACUCUGAGAGCUAAGAUGAUCAUACAGGAUCUAUGCCGCAGAAAGCUAAGCUCUGAUGAGUCACUUCCAUCAGAGCACCUCAACAGUUGGCAACGGUGGAAACAACUCCCCAAUAUUGAACAGUUCAGGGUGAACAGGAGUAUCAAGCCUUAUGGGUUUGGAGAGGUAGUCAAAUAUCAACUGCACCAUUUCUCGGAUGCAUCAACAGUAGCUUACGGAGCGACAACCUAG